CACAUUCACUCUCAUCUCUCAGUGGCUUUGCGCAUCUAGGUCUGGCAAGACAACUCUUCCCCCCCAGCUCUUUCCUCUCUGCAAAAAGUGAACAAACUAGCACAGAGAAACUUGAAGAACAGAUCUCAGCCGUGAGACGUUUCAUCAGAUCAAGUAAUGGCCUGGACCAGUAAUAUCUCCUGGUUUAAUCACCUUGCUCUACAUGAAGAACAUUUUAGGAGGUACUUAAACAGCACAGAGGAUUACUUAGCCUUCCUAUGUGGGCCCAGACGGAGCCAUCUGUUCUUACCUAUGGCUUUGGUGUACACCCUGAUCUUUGUUGUUGGGGUGGUAGGUAACUUCUUAGUUUGCUUGGUAAUCCUCAAGCACCGGAACAUGAAGACCCCAACCAAUUACUACCUCUUCAGCCUUGCCAUCUCAGAUCUGCUUGUGCUGCUUUUUGGGAUGCCACUGGAAGUCUACGAGAUGUGGAGCAACUACCCCUUCUUGUUUGGGCCCAUUGGCUGCUAUUUGAAGACUGCACUCUUUGAGACAGUGUGUUUUGCCUCCAUCCUCAGUGUGACCACCGUCAGCGUGGAGAGAUAUAUUGCCAUCCUCCAUCCUUUCCGUGCCAAGCUGGAAAGCACUCGCAAGCGUGCCCUGAGGACCAUCGUGGUGCUUUGGGUUCUCUCUGUCCUCUUUGCCCUCCCCAACACAGGCACCCAUGGCAUCCUGCUGCAGUAUUUCCCUAACGGCACCCUGAUCCCUGGCUCUGCUACCUGCACUGUAGUUAUGCCCAUGUGGAUCUAUAACUGUAUUGUCCAGAUUACUUCUUUUCUCUUCUAUGUGCUGCCUAUGGGGGUAAUAAGUGUGCUGUACUAUCUGAUGUGUCUAAGAUUGAAAGGAGACGAAUCUUUGGAAGUGGAAGAAAUGGCUGUGAACGUCCAGAGACCAUCCAGGAAAUCAGUUACCAAGAUGUUGUUUGUCCUUGUGAUGGUUUUUGCUCUCUGCUGGGCUCCAUUCCACAUAGACCGACUUUUCUUCAGCUUUGUUGUAGAAUGGACUGAGCCUCUGGCUAAUAUAUUCAACUUAAUUCAUGUGGUGUCAGGUGUUUUCUUCUAUCUGAGCUCUGCUGUGAACCCCAUCAUUUACAAUCUGUUGUCCCAGCGCUUCAGGAUGGCUUUCCUCAGUGUGAUUUCUCCUUGCUGCAAGCACUGGGCCCCUAAACGUUCCACCAGCAAGACUUCUGCCCAGCAGAACAUCUUCAUGGUUGAGGACCACAAUCUCAUGGAUUCUGCUGAAGACACAAGUCUCCCUGGCACACACAGGACAUCUGUCAGCAGUUCUCAGCUCUCCACUGGACUGUGACUGUUGUGAUCCAGGUGAGAAGUUAAAGAAAAUUACUCUAAGAAAGAAAAAUAAAAGGCACCCUCCAAAACAACUGCUUUUAGCAAGAGCAGAUCACAGAGGUGUCUUGUUGAAUGAAUGAACUAGGAGACUGUAAUUAGCAGGUGAAGCAUUGUAUUACCCUCAAGCUAAUAGAAGGGCUGGAAAUCUCAGUUUACUGUCUGCAAGCUAUGCCAGCAAAAAGCUGGUUUAGAAAAAUGAGAUACACUCACAAUGUUGCCAGUCCAAGAGGUAGACACAGCCUAUCCAUGUUUUACUGAAUGGCUUUUUAUGCACUAGCCUAAACAGGUUUUAUUUAGUUUGAAAUGGGCAACUUGCUGCACAAGCCUUGUCUACCCGACUCUAGCUUUAGGCAAGCCAGUCUCAUCUCUCUCUCCUGCCACCUUCUUGAGAGUGGGGCUUUUGCAAGAAUCUCUUGGCAACAACCAAGUAGGCAUGAACAAGAGCAGCUCUGAGCUGGGCUGAGAAACAUCAGCUAACAGCACCAGCAGUAGCUAUUUCUGGGCUAGAAGAACCAGGGAGCCAAUAACUGUAAAAUAAAUGUAAAGAAAACUUCCACUUUCUGAGCUAAGUGAAGAUUUGGGGGCAGGGGGCAUGAUUAAAGCCUUGAAUCACUUUGUCAAAAAAUCUACCCUCUAGUGGGUUAUUUUUCCAAGUCUGAGAGUCACUGCCAUAUCUCCUCAUACUGUGCCUGACAAUAUCUACACAGUGCUCACAUGGCAAAUGUGUGCCCCAAAUCCACCUACGUUACCUGGGAAAUAGCCACUACGGGGGGCUGAGGAUGUUCCUGCUGUGGCUCCUUUGCCCAAAAGUCAGCUGGUGAGGGAUAUCUGUCCAGGGAAUGUGAAAAGUCUGCAGCCUUUUUCAGGCUUCUCCUGUACAUCAGAGAGUUUUAUUCUUGCCCACCUGCCUAAACCGACUCUGACCAUGUACAGAUGGACUGUGGUAGGUCCCUGCUAUCCCCCCAUGUCCUGAAGUUUGCAAGAACUUAUUGCUUGAACUUCAGAUACUUACAUGUUGUCUCUACCAGUGAAGCCCUAUGGUAGUGCUUCAGCAGACUUCACACCUGCCCAUACCA